AUGGAUGAAAGAAAGGAUUACACAGCCCAGAGUCUGACACGAGGGUUCCCAGAAAUGUCCACAGGAAGAGAGAAUGUAACAGGGAAGUGGCACAGAAGAGAUGCUCAAGAUCCUGAAUGUCAUGGUCUCUGUACCACACUCGUCAGUGAUGGAGGGAAUGGCCUUCCUGCACAAGGUGGAGCACCAGCCACUCCUGGCUGUGCUGCUUACGCUCAGGGAACAAAGCAGAGAGAUGAUGCAAAUGGCAGAGAGGAAAGUGAGGACAGGAGCAGGGAAGAGGUCCGGGUUCUGCUCCGCCAACAUGCAGUGCGAGGGAGCCGUGAGCUAACAGCCCUGCAUUGCCUUGCAGGCACGAAGGAGUCCGCGUUUGUGUAUGCAGUGACGGCAGCAGGGCUGGUGCAUGCCGUGACCCGCUCCUGCAGCGCAGGAAACGUGACUGAGUGCUCCUGUGACACCAAGCUGCAGGGCGGGGGCUCGGCCAGCGAGGGCUGGCACUGGGGCGGCUGCUCCGACGACAUCCACUAUGGGAUGUCCUUCAGCAGGAGCUUCCUGGAUGUACCCAUCAGGAACGCGUCAGGAAAAAGUGGCAACGGGCUGCUGGCGAUGAACCUGCACAACAACGAGGCUGGGAGGCAGGCUGUAGCAAAGCUGAUGUCAGUGGACUGCCGUUGUCACGGUGUUUCUGGGUCGUGCGCUGUGAAAACUUGCUGGAAAACCAUGUCCUCCUUUGAAAAGAUUGGCCGGUUUUUAAAGGAUAAGUAUGAAAACAGCAUACAGAUAUCAGACAAGCUGAAAAGAAAGUUACGCAGGAAAGAGAAGAGCCAGAGAAAAAUACCAAUCCAGAAAGAAGACCUGCUGUACGUGAACAAAUCGCCCAAUUACUGCGUCGAAGAUCAGAAACUGGGCAUCCCUGGGACUCAGGGCAGGGAAUGCAAUCGCACGUCGGAUGGACCCGAUGGCUGCAACCUGCUGUGUUGCGGGCGCGGGUACAACACGCACGUGGUCAGGCAUGUGGAGAGGUGUGAGUGCAAGUUCAUCUGGUGCUGCUACGUGCGCUGCCGGCGGUGCGAGACCAUGACGGACGUACACACCUGCAAGUAGGGCUCAGCACACAAACAGCCAAAUCGCCCCACAGCGGGCUGUGCGCAUAGCUGCCACACAGACAGCAGUUACUGGGACAGGGACUGGGGGGGAUUCGCCUCCGGGAGAACGGGCAUCGCCAAACAGGGCAUACUCCAAACAGUUGGUGUAUGAAAGUCACGAGUGGAGAGCAGCCUGCACACAGGGACAGCAACAGACUCCCAGUGGCACAUUUGAGCCAUCUUGGUUUUAGAGUUAAAAUCUCUUUGGGACUUGAAUAGCCACAACAUCUUGAAGAUCGGUGUGGUCGGUAGGUACAGUGCAGAGAACCCAAGAUCUUAUUAGCCAGAGGAUGAAGGGCUAGGAGGCUUGUAAGACACAUCAGAUGGAUCUGCUGUAUGAUUCAUUUCUACCAGUCUUACAAAAAAAAAUAAUACUAAUAAUGCUGUUCAUUCUGUUCAUCCUGAAGCGUUUCCUUAGUGAUCUUUUGAAAAGCUCUCUGUGUGAUGUGCAGAAGAGCUCCUGGUACCCAGAAACGUGUGUGCCUAUGGAGAGGUGGGAUAGGAGGGGACGGCCCAUUGGCCUGGAGCAAACUGUGCCCACAGCUGGGGUGGGUUGGAGCACAGUUCAGUGAAUGUGGUGAGCAUGGUGUGCCAAAUAGCAACCUCAGGGUCUUGUACAAGUUGUCUUUCAAAUGCACAAAGGCCAGGUCUGAGGAGGGACAGAAAUACAGCUUGGUAUUUGAGGGAAGAGCAAUCCCUCACUGGUAUCUCCUCAGCACCCAAGUGCACAAUUUGCAAUCAACCCAUCAUCACCCCAGUGUUGGACUGUAUGUGUUAACCUGCCAUCUUCAGCCAUCUUGCUGGGUCUCACCAGCAUUUUCACAGCCAUGUGAGACUCAGCCCAAAUAAAUCUGUCAUAAAAUGAGAGAUUUUUAACACUUCAAUCACAUUCUCUUACAGGAGCUACAAAUAGAACUUUUCAUUAGUAUCCCAAGUCAGUUCAAUGCACAAUGUCACUGAAGGAUUGGCUCACACCACUAAAAUAUUUCAACUGUUAUCAAUAACGUUUUCUCCCCUCCAUAUGUUGGUUUAAUUCUAUUUUACAUCAGAAAAAGGUUGUUUAUUUUUAUGCAGUGAUACAAUUCCUGGUUUAAAAAAGCAUCACGGGAAAGGAUUUCUGUUGUUUAAUUGUGCAAAGACCUAUUUUUGAUAAGAUGAGAAAGUUUAUAUUUUGUAAAUAUUUAAAUUAUGCAAGUUAUGUAAGAGGUUUCCAAAACGAAUGUGCUGAGAUUGCAGCCUUUGGCAUUUGCUGAUGUUUGUUACUAUUGCAGCAGCCUAUAACUGAUUUUUAUUUGCAUGUGCAGGGGGAACUUAUUCAGAGGCUUACUGAAAUGUUUUGGUUUUUUUACAAUCAGGUCAGUUAUAACUGACCUGACACAGUGGUGACACUGGUGUCACAGUGACGAGAAGCACUUAUUUUGCUGUUCUAAAUGAUCAUUAAUUACUAUCCUGUAUAGUUUUUCUGUUCUUUUCAACCCGUUUUGCAUACAGUGAAAUUUGGCUCCACUGGUAAGUGGCGGGACUCCUGCUGACAACAGGAGGACUGCUGAGGGGCUGCAGUCCCUUAACUCAUUCCACAUGGGCAGGCAGUUGUUAGAAAUGUAUCUGUAGAGACACUUUGGUUGAGGCUUUCAAAGCUGUCAUUUAUUUUCUCAUGAAAGAUGGUGACCGGAUUCCCCAUCACUGUUUGGGGAAUUGGAUGCGUAGGUCAGGAGGAAGGAAACAAAACCUGUGCUGUGUUACGCUGCUGCCUUGUGUAGAGUAUCAAGAAGAGAAUAAGUCCUUUAGGUUCUAGUAGUACUGGUUCUUUGGGGACUGAUCUCCACUUUUGGCAAAUCUCACUGCAUUGACCUAGCUAGAUAAUGAGGAGGAAAUAGUGCAGGGUUUUUGGACACUAGGUCAGCUUCAGGGAUUUGCCCAGGAGAAGAGAUCUCAAAGGGCCGUUUCUGUGGAUUGGAGCAGGAGGGGCACGCACAUCAGCAUCUCACUGAGGAGUGGGGCAGUUGUGACAGGGCCAACGCAUUCAGGGUGUCAGUGCCUGCUUGGGUAGCUCCUAUUUGAGGCUGCAGAGCAGUCACCUAGAUCUAAAAGGUAAAAUAAAAAUGGUUUUGUUGAUAAAUGUUAUUAAUAAAAGAUUUUUUUUUCUGGCUGAAAGGGGAAAGAGUUUAUUUUUUCAGAGCAUGACAAAAGACAACAAAGAGAUCUAGGGACACGGUUUAUGAAACAAUAACGUAGUUUAUGAAAGCUGGGAUGGCUGAACAAAUGUCAUACGAGGGAGCUGAAGCUUUGCUACAACCCAUCCUUUCUCUUUAAGUCACUGUGUUUGCUCAUCUGAGCAAGAGGGUUUGAGUGGGAGAAAGGCCUUAUCUCUGAGCCCCUUGUGCAAUGAGCAGCAGUUUGUGAAAAGUAGCAAACCUGUGAAAAAUGCCACGGGUUUAUUUUUUGAAGAGCAGAUAAUGGUGUCCUCUUUGUGAAAUGAAAAUCUAAGUGUCACUUUGAGAACAGAAAUGCCCUGGACUGAGUGUGCUCUCAGAGCAGAGUUGUAGUGCUGGCUGAAGCACGGGGCACGCACUGGAGGCUGAGGAACACCAUCUUUUCCUACCACUGAAGCAGGCCAUGCCAAAGGAGACACUCUUUGUCUCAGCCUGUAACAUACUGUAGACAUCAUCUGUCUGCCUACCCAUGAAAUCUUGGCUUUCCAGGCGGGUCCAUGCAAAACCAUCCCAGCUCUGGCCACUGGGCAGGUGCUGCUGAGUGCAGUGCUCAAGGACGGGCAAAGCCCACAGCAGUCAGUUGCAUGAAGUUACUUUUCCUAAACUGCUCCUGCAGUUUGCAUUUGAGGAAAUCAAAUAUGCUUUUUUCCCUUCACAAAGGACAAAUGUGAACUCCACAUUAAACGAAUGCUAGAGCUAACUAACGUGAAAGCACUGAUUGAUACAAAGUGUUAACGCUGAAAUACACUACCUUAAGAAAUUAACACUGUGCCAGGGUCUGCUGUCAUAUUGAAUUGACAG